GCAGAUAACAUCAGUCAGCCAGUGACAAUAUACAUAUUCCCGUACGUCCCGUUUUUGCAAUUUUCGACUGAUUUGUUUUUAUUGUUUAUAAUUAUUGAUUUCAUUGGUAGCAGAUAGAUUUUCUAUCGAAAGGAACGUUUAACACAGAAUAACGACAGAAAUUGAAAAUCUGCUGGCUGGAAGAACGGUGUCAACGUUACGAGGAAGGAAGUGGAAUGCCGAGACUGUACGAUGAUGAUGAAGCACGAAGGCCGAUCCUGGAACAAGACACGGAUAACGAGGAUCCGCCGAAUGGGCUCCGGGGGAGAAUUUUGCACCAAUCCGACGACGAUGAGCUGAGACAGGAACAGCCCGGCUGUGGGUCGAGUGUGUGUUGCAAUCCCACUUCCGCUCUGCACAGGUUCAUAGCCCUGAUUCUGAUGUGUCUGGUCGGAUUCGGAUCGUACUUCUGCUACGAUAACCCGGGAGCACUGCAGGACAAGUUCAAGUCGGAUCUGGAUCUAACGACAACACAGUUUGUGUGGCUAUAUUCGAUUUACUCGUGGCCGAACGUGAUACUUUGCUUUAUCGGUGGUUUUCUGAUCGAUCGGGUGUUUGGCAUCCGGCUGGGGACGAUCAUCUACAUGUUUAUCUUACUAAUUGGUCAGUUAGUUUUUGCCACCGGAGGACUGAUUAAUCAGUUCUGGCUGAUGAUACUUGGACGGUUUCUUUUUGGAAUUGGUGCGGAAUCGUUGGCGGUUGCACAGAACAAUUAUGCUGUACUUUGGUUCAAGGGCAAAGAGUUGAAUAUGGUCUUCGGACUGCAGUUGUCGUUUGCCCGUGUGGGUAGUACGGUUAACUUUUUGGUAAUGGUUCCGGUUUACAACUACGUCCGAAGUAUGGGCUACAAGGGACACCAAUGCACGGGGGUGGUACUUUUGAUGGCUACACUAACCUGUGUUAUGUCGAUGCUCUGCGCGCUGAUACUAGGUUGGAUGGAUAAACGAGCUGCUAGGAUCCUUCAGCGAAACGACAACCCACCGGAUGGAGAAGUGGUCAAACUUUCCGACAUCAAAACGUUUAAAAUUAGCUUCUGGAUGGUGACGGUUAUCUGUGUCGCUUACUACGUGGCCAUUUUCCCAUUUAUUGCGCUAGGAAAGGUAUUUUUCAUGCGAAAGUUUGACUUUUCCCCUGAGGACGCAAACACGGUCAAUUCCAUUGUGUACAUUGUUGCUGGCGUGGCGAGUCCAGUGUUUGGGCUGUUGGUCGAUCGCACCGGAAAGAAUGUUCUGUGGGUAUGCGUGUCGAUUGUUGUGACAAUGAUAGCACAUGGUUUGCUGACGUUCACGUUCUACAAUCCGUACGUGGCGAUGAUUACAAUGGGAAUGGCUUACUCGAUGCUGGCCAGCAGUCUAUGGCCACUGGUGGCACUGAUAGUGCCGGAGUACAAACUCGGAACGGCCUAUGGAAUCUGCCAAUCGGUACAAAAUCUAGGCCUGGCGGUGAUUUCCAUGAUUUCCGGAUUGAUUGUCGAUAAGGGAGGCUACUUCAUGCUGGAAAUUUUCUUCAUAGGUUGGCUAGUCAUUUCCCUUUUGGCGACCAUCGUCAUUUGGUUGUACGAUGCGAACGAUAGUGGAACCUUGAACAUGACUCCGGCGGAACGUCAACUUUACGCUAACAAACUCCUACGGGAGGACACCAGGGGUCGUUCCUCACUGGACAACAUCCUGUCGGUGGCCCCGGAGGGUUCACUGAAUGCCGAUCACGAGGAGCAACUGUUCUCAACAGCAGCAGCAGCAGCAGCAGCAGCAGCAGCUCCGGAAUCCAUUCGAAAUCGGUACGUCAGUCGGGUGCUGGACGGUGCCAACCAGAGUGACUCGGAGCCGCUGAUCGAGUGAGACGACUAGCUAGACUAGCACUCGGGAGAGGUAUUUUGUAUUAGCAAAGUGAUUUCGAAGCCAUUCCGCCGGCAGGGAGCGUUUGAUCGGUUUCGUGUUUUUCUGUUUUUGUGAUUCUUCGUUGUUUCAGUGUCGGACGGGAGCUGAACAAAUUUAUCUACAUGUCUUGAUUAUGAUGCAAAUCAAAAGAUAUAUUUUAUAGGUUUAGACACAUUUAGAAAAAGAAAACUGUUUAGGUUUAGCAUCGAUUAUGUUUAGCACAAUUUACAAUAGUGAUAGGAGAAAGUGAAAAUCAAACCGAAAAUCUAUGAGUGUAUACAAACUAAUUGUUAAUCCAAUAAUCGUGUUAAAAAGUAUUCGGAGAUAUUUUCAGAAUAAAAUAACAAAAGAUAGAUGUUUCUAAUUGUUAUCAGUAUAGUCUGGAUAAGUGUAUAUUUUACUAGCAGAGUGUAGUCGUUAUUUCGAUGGGAUUUUUUAUUAGCAUGUAACUAGAAAUGAGGGAAUAUGAUUAAAGUGCUUUCGAGAAGAAAAACUGCUCUUGAGCUCGAUUUGGCCAUAAAUAUCGAAAUUGAUCCAUUAAAUAUCACAAUGAGCGGAAAUAUGCAUUUGAGACCUUCUUAAAAGCACUGAUAUUAAACGUAAGAUUGACUUAUCAUAUACACCUAAAUAAACAUGAAAACAUAUCCUACCCGAGAAGAAAAACAUCUCAAGCUGUACAUGAAAUUGUUUAAUCUAGUAUUCGUAACAAUACAAAAACCGACAGAAUACUGAAUGCCAAAUUCAAUUACCUAGUUAUUGCUGAAUGUUUAGCCGAUACAAGGCUCGAUAACAAAGACAGAUGAUUAAGCUCCAUAGAAGCAUAGUUUGAACGAAACUGACAUCCGAUCAAAUCUGAAUACUUUGGAAAAUGAGAACUACUUUCGCGAUAUACUGUAUAAUGAGGAUAAAUUUGAAAAUACAAGCUGUACAAGCAUGAA